UUGCACUAAUUAGGAGUAAACGUCCUCUCUUUCAUUUCAUGUUACUCAAAAAUAAUCCUCCAUUAUUAGCUUUCAUUUGCCCUCCUUUUUCAUUCCCUUUCGCAGAUCUCUCUUCUCUUCGAUCAUUCCUUUUCGUUCGUUUUUCUGCGAUCUUGAAAACUAGGGUUUCCUGUGAUAUCUUUUGUGAGCUGAAGCAAUGAAACCGAGAGUUUCUUCUUUGAACCCGUAUGCAGCAUCAUACAUACCACUGUCUAGGAGGGGGCCACAAAAUCAUAUUGAUGUUAAUAGAACUCCUAUGGAAGAUUUUGUUGCUGGCAUCGAGAUUCCUUGGUGCAUGCCUUGUACUAAUCACACAGAGAGCCAAAGCGACAGUAGAGUUUCUCUUGAUUUUGACAGCCUUGGCAAUGAGAAGCAUAUCAGUCCAGAAGACUUUACAAAGAAGAAACUAUCUGUCCCAGGUUCAUGUGACUCUUUGCUACAGAGUCCUGAUCAAAUGGCGGACAAGCAGAUUAUAGAUGAUGAGUGGGAUGUACAUAUGGAGUUUCUUAAGAUGCACUUUCCAGGAUUAUCUGAUCAGUCCAUAGCAGAUGUGUACAUCGCAAACAAUGGUGACCUGGAGGCUACUGUGGACAUGCUGAACCAGCUAGAGGUUUAUGCUACUGAGUCUCCAGAAGCUCUUCCAGACACUUUGGAUAUUGGUGAUGUCCCAGAAUCUGGGACUUCGACGGCAUCCACUUUGAAACUGAAGAAUGUGGCAGGUGAAACUGGUGCAUCUGCAUCUGGUUCCUCAGACUCAGCUGUUGCCUCCUGAAUGACUUUGUGAAAAAUACUUCCAUUUGGUUUUUUGUCUUUUACUUUGCUAUGGAAGAAAGCGGAGCCUUCCUUUUUGCUGAAGGUGGGAAAUAUUGAUACUUCAGUAAUAGGUUUCGUACCUAAGAUUGUAUGAAGGUGGGAAAUAUUGAUACUUCAGUACCAAUUUUCCUACCUAAGAUUGUAUAGUUGUAUGCUUCUGGUGUCCAAUUUUCUCAAAGCCUGGGGCUUUGUAGCUUAUGUUUGGUCAGAAGCUCCUUGAGUAACCUUGUGCAGUUGUCAUGGAUGGAGUUUGCAAUUCACUGAAUGAAGGUUGCUUGUUAAUACUCU